CUCGAAGGAAAAUUGGAGGAGAAAGUAUCAGCCGGCUCGGCCUCCGGGUGCGGCUGCGCCUCGCCGUCGGCGCGCGUCGCCAGCCGCGGGCGGCCGUCUACCGCGAGCACCGCACCACCUCCGCCUCCGCGAGCGUCACCAACCCUCCGCCUCCGCCUCCGCCUCCUCCGCCGCCGGUUUCAGCCCAGAGCAGCUUGAGGCGCGAAAACCCCACGGUCUCGCCGUCGUCGGCGCGCUUCGCGAGUCGCGGGCGGCUGCCUACCGCGGCCACGGUCGCACCUAGGCCCCCGGAAGCAUCCCAAGGCCUCCGCGUCCGCCUCCCCUCCCCCUCCGCCGUCAUCGACCCGUAAGGAGCUUGAGGUGCGAAACCCUAAGACGCACGGCCUCGCCGUCGGCGCGCUUCGCCAGCGCGGGCGGCUGUCUGCCGCGACUAGGCCCCCGGAAGCAGCAACGUUACAGAGAUCGAGCCUAGCAGGUCCAAUCACUGCCGAGAUGGCGCACCGACCGGCUCAGAGGAAGAGGCAGCGGAAGAAGCUGGCCGAACUGAACUGCAAGCUUAGAGCAGAGCAGCUUAGAGCAGAGCAGAGGAGGUUGGUGGCCACGCCCUCACUGAAGUUAUGUUUCUUGAUGCUGGUGGGGUGGGUGUGGCGGUCAAAGUAUGAGCAGGUGCAAUCUGGCAAGAGGCAUGGACAGCCCACAAGAAGGAGGCAGCACCGCAAGUGGAGGGCGGUGCAGACGGUGUCCGAUCGACCUGUGAUGAGUUCUUUCCUGUUCCCAUUGAUCAUCUUGCUCCUGAUGCUCCUGGUGCUGGCGCGGUUCGUACCACCCGAGUGGCUGCCAAAGUUUAUGGCCUGGCUUCUGCCUUGGAUGUCAUCUAUUCUACCAGUCGCAGUACUGGUGCCAAUGUUUCUUCACUUUCUUUCUGGUUGGCCAAUGGAGCAAGCUUGGCUCCUGCUGAUUGCCAUAUGGCCACAAUGGGCGCUUACCCUUUUGUUGAGCGAGGAAUAGUCUUUGGAGGAUUAUGUGCGUGCCAAUGCUGUCACUGAAGAGUACAAAUUGAGUGCUAAUGAAGACAAAGAUGCUGUACUUCUUACCACUAAAGUUGGGAUGGACCUCUGGUCUGGCUUCAUUGAAGUGAUCAUUAAAGCAUACCGAUGUAACAAAAGUUGGGGAGGUGGGUUCUCAUCGGAGGAUCUGAGGAUGUGCGGCCAUAGCUGCCGAAUCAGUUUGAACCCUACCUUCCCAGCCUCGUUCCCAAAUCUACUUCGUGAUUUUGCAAAGCUGGCCCAUCUAUUAAUCAGUCAUUUCAAAGUUGAAAGGAAGCACGAAGCGUACAUGAGAUUUCUCUACAGGAGCAUGAUAAAGCCUGGAGCAAGUGAAACGCCAACUCCGGAUGCCCAGGAGGCCCACAUCAAGUUCAUAAGGAAUCAUCCUGCCCUGCGCUCACUUCGUCAGAAAAGACUCUUCCUUGAAGACGUCAUCAAAGCUUUCAGAUCAAUGGGACAUGCUGAAAAGAGACGAUUUGCAAAAACCUUGCAAAAGAUAAAGGCUGGACCAGAUUGGAGGCUGAUUGCUCAGCGGAAUGCUAGCUUCUCUGGGGUGUUGUUCUUCAGAAGCGUGAAGCAUGUGUUUGUAUAUCGGUCAAGUCAAGAGGACCUGUUCCGUUUUAUUCGGAACUUUUUUGCUCACGGGUCGGACGCUGAAGGUGGCGAGGAACUUAUUGGUAACAUGGAGGACAUUGACUGUAUUGAUAUGGAGUUGAUGCCAACAUUUGUUAUACAGCUAUUCCAUCAAAUGAUAGUGAAUUCAAACAUGUCUGGGAAGUUCGCAUAUGCAUGGAAGCAUUACGGGUUGAUUGAAUGAAGUGUGCUGGAGGAGUCAUCGUGGCUGUUGUGGGGCAAGGCGAAGGCUGGUGUUUGUAACACUAGAACAAGAUGUAGAGAUACUGAUUUAGGCGUGGAAGUUACUCCCUCUGUCCCAGAAUAUAAGAACGUUUUUGACACUAUGCUAGUGUUAAAAACGUUCUUAUAUUUUGGGACGGAGGGAGUAGCUGUUAAUCUUGAGGCCCUUCCUCUGAUGGACGUCCUGAUGGUGUAGGAGUUUAAGGAAAGUUAGUGCGAUUGGCCCUGGGGUGGGCAGGAUGCUGUGGUUGUUAGUCUUAGCGCCGGGCCUGAGUGUUGGUAGGAAAGAUUUGGCUGGCUGUCCGUAAACCUGGGUGAGGGGUUGUAAGGAGUUAGCCCUGGCCGGAUGAUGUUGCGUCCGCUGGGAACGCUAGCUUAUGACGUUGUGCGAAUUACGGCAGCAUUUUGAUGUGGAUCUUUUAUCA